AUGGCCGACAGCGCAAUGGAGCAGCUCCCUCUACCUACCAGCCUUGCGGAGGUUGAAUCACUCAUCCGUGCCCUCUAUCAACCAAAUCCCCCUGAGACUAUCACCAAGAUCCAAGAAGUACUCCAGCGACUGCAGCGGUCACCAGAAGGAUGGCAGCUCGCACAGAGCUUGAUCUCCCAUCGGGAAGAUAAUAUUCGCUUCUAUGCUGCACUCACUCUUAUUGUGAAAAUCAACCGGGACAGUGCUGGCUUGAGUGAAGAGGACACAAGCAGCCUACUUCAAAACAUCAUCAGCUGGACUAUUCAGUCCCUUGCUGACGGCGCUGCUCCGUUCGUGACCAAGAAGUUGUGCACGGCUCUGGUCACUUUUUUCAUCCAUUUUUCCCAUCUAUGGCCACACUGUGUUCGCCAUUUCCUCUACUGCCUGGACCUUGGACGGGGUACUCCAGUUGAGGGACUGGAUGAUGCCCUCACGACUGAGAUCCUUGUUUCAAAGUUAGACCGCAAGAAGCUGAGUGCAGCUGUGUGGUUCAUUACGUCCUUGGUUGAGGAGGUUGGCAAGACCGAUAUGAGCGCCCCCAAGUUCAUCCAAGUCCACGAGCGCUUGAUUAAGACCGGACCUGAUGUGACUUGUUUGCUUGCCAGGGCCUUUAACCCUCCAGAAGAUAACCCAGCCAUCAAAACUCAGGGAGAAGCCCUGGCCUGCUUCCAGGCUUGGAUCUUGUAUGCCCAGCGAGCAUCCCCUAACGUGGAGUUGGUCACUCCUCUAAGACAACUAGUUGGGCCUGCUAUGAACUGUUUGGCCGAUCCAGACCUUUUCCAGCCAGCUGCUGAAUUGUUCAGCGAUGUUUUGAGCAAUUAUUCAAGCUUUUUCACAGAAGAGCACUACAACACUUUGGCUUCACUUUUCGAAAGCCCUUGGGCAGCUGAGCAUUAUCAGCGCCUUCUCCACGGCAAUCACCAUGAAGAUGGCAUCUCGUUCGGUCUCCUGAUGCUGGCAUACGGUGAUGCCAAAGUGCAAGACCUUAUGCAUGGCACUGACGCGCGUUCCCAGGGCUUCCUCGAGAAGCUGACUGGGCUCCUUGCGGCUGAUGGUUACCUUGUUGCUGAUGACACUGUCUUUGUGCCAGCUCUCGAGUUCUGGUCAACGUUCAUUGAGACUAUGGUCGAUAAUAUUUACUCAGACGAAGAGGAUACAGAGUCUUGGAAGCCACUCGCCGAACGUCACUUGAAGGCUGUCAUACUUAAUUCCUGGAGAAAGAUCCAGUGGCCGCCUGCAGAGGUGUUCGCGGAGUGGGAUUCAACAGAGCGUACCGCAUUCAAUGAUGCCAGGAAAGACGUCAGCGAUAUGCUCCAGUCGGUCUUCACCCUCGAAGGCUCGAGCCUUGUUUCAUUUUUUGCUGACCUUUUCCUGCGUGUCCUCCCUACCCAGAACUGGGCCGAACUUGAAGCCGCCGCCUUCUGCCUCGGCGCUCUGGCCGACUGUAUUUCGGAAGAUGCUCGGAAUGACCACGUGUUGAGCAACGUAUUUUCAUCUCCUUUCUUCCAGCUUCUCGGCCAGGCUCAUGGGCCUAUCCCCUUGCGUCUUCGCCAGACAGGCUUGGCCCUGAUCGAAAAGUACUGCGAGUACUUUGAGCGGAACGCACAAUACCUGCCCGAUGCACUCAAUCUUUUAUUUGGUGCCUUGGGUGAUCCGGUCCUUGGAGGACCAUGUGCAAGGUCGAUCUCAACUCUAUGCUCCUCAUGCCGCUCCAUCCUUACAGGAGAGGCUGGAGCUUUCAUCAACCAUUAUAAGACUAUUCGCGGCAGUCAGGUGUUGGACUCGCUUGCUGAAGAGAGGAUUGUUCAAUCCAUUGCCUCCAUUGUCCAAGCUAUCAAAGAGGAGGGGCACAGACUGGAUAUGUUUGAGGAGCUCUACAAUUUCCUCAAGAAAGACUUCGAACUUGCCAUCCAGCUUCAAGCUCAGCCUAACAUCCUCAACCUUUCCCACCCUGACUUCCUCAGAGGCCUGGAGACGCCACACCCACCAGCAGUUCCGUCUGCUGAAGAAAUUGCUCUUCAUAUCGCCCUCAGGUCCUUGAGAUGCCUGGCAAGCAUGGCCAAGGGCAUGCAGGAUGUGAAAGAACAUCCGAUUGACCUAGAUAGCGAGCCGGCACCCCAUGACCCAAACAGCAGACUGAGUCGUUUGCAAGCAGACAUUAUGCGUGUGUUAGCCGGCGUCCAGUCAGCCUUUGGGGCCAGCGGCGAGGCUGUUGAGAUUAUCUGCAAUAUCUUCCGUGCUGGCUUCUCGGAGACGGAGCCGGGACCGUUCGUGUUCCACCCCGACGUUGUUACGGACUACUUUGUUCAGCAGCGUUAUGAGACCCCUAGGAUCGGCACGCUGUUGAGCACGGUCUGCUCAUACGUCGGGUCGCUUUAUCGCGGACCGAAGGCUCUCGUGCCGCCGCAGCUUACGCGUUUGCUGCCGUGGGUGAUUUCUAUCAUUCAGGGCAUGCCGGAUCCCGAUUCUGAUACUGAGAUCGCUGUCAACGGCAUCAACUUUGUUGAAAAGGUCAUCUCGAAAUAUCCCGAGAUUCUCUUCAACGCUCAGCCCUCUCAACUGAUCGAAUUCUUCUUCCUCUUCACCCUCAAAGUUCUCGACGGCACUGAACCCCUGCCGAAAAACGCUGCGGCCGAGUUCUGGGCAAACUUCAUCAGUCUCAAGCCGUCCAACCCGGCACUUGAGCAAGCUAUCGCCUCUGCGAUGACACACCUGGGCCCUCUGGUCGCCCGGUCUUUGAUGCGCAACAUCGGUGGACAUGCUGCUCGCUCCGAACUGGAUCGACUGUGCGAGCCGCUCAAGAAGCUAGUCGUACUGCGGCCCGAGGCACAAGCCUGGCUUGAGCAAGCCUUACUCGAGGGACAGGCAUGCUGGCCUGGCUGUGAGAGGGUCGCGCUUGAGGACGGUAGAGCUUUCUUGAGGAAGGUCAUUGCGCUGAGAGGCGCGCGCACAACCAACCAAGUAGUCCGGGAGUUCUGGCUCGCCUGCCGUGGAUCCAAUUUUGCGUAUGCGUCCUAG